CCAAUUUUAGGAUCGUUUGCUAUCGCGCUAGGGUUUCCGCAGGGUACGAGGAUUCCCUCAGAAUCAACCAAGAUCUCGAGGUAUGCGAUUUCUAUCAAAUAGGCUCCUUCGUAUCUGCAGAUCUCUUUCUUUCCAUUCUCUGGCGCGAACUUCAAUCGCUUCUGGCUUUCGAAGGUUCUCAUUUGCAUGCGGACUGAGGAUCAUCUUGCCCGAUCAAGUGAAGUGAAAAAUGAAUAUUUGUUUUAUGAUAGCGGUAUACGUUGGUUAUGACUUAGAGGUUGAGUUUUGGUAUUCAUGCAGUUUAUGUGUAUCUUCGCAUGAAUUAAAUCAAUCCCUGUGCUGCAGAUACUUCUAUAGUCUGUUAAUUUUGCAAAAUUAGAUCGAAUUGCUUCUGUUCAUUCGCACUUUUUAUGCAAAGAAAUUCUCUUUUUAGAAAAGGAAAUUGUUUGCCAUUAGAUUUGUCAUAACUUUCAUGUUGUUUGAUCCAAAUGUGAAUAUUGUUCUAUAGUGGAUAUUUGUUCUAGAAGAUAAAACCCUGACAUUUAAAGCAAUGGCUGGACGUCGAAACAACAAUGGAAAAAGAUCUUAUUCUCACUCUGAUCAUUCUGAAAAUGAACGAAGCAAGAGAAGAAAUCCUGGUGAAGAAAGAGACACCUACAUUCCUGGGCCUGAGGACUGUGUUUUCCGUUAUUUGUGUCCAGGAAAGAAGAUAGGAAGCAUCAUUGGGAGGGGUGGUGAGAUUGUGAAGCAAUUGAGAUCUGAAACACAAGCUAAAAUUAGAAUUGGGGACACUGUACGUGGUUGUGAUGAGCGUGCCAUAACCAUUUUUAGCACAGGGGAAGAAACAAAUACCCUUGAAGAUAUUGAUGAGAAAGUCUGUCCUGCACAAGAUGCUCUAUUCAAGGUCCAUGAUCGACUUGUUACUGAUGACGUAGUGGGUGAUGAAGAUAAUGAUGGUGACAGUCCUCAAGUUACUGCUCGACUACUUGUGCCAUCUGAUCAGAUUGGGAGUAUCAUUGGGAAGGGAGGACAAAUCAUUCAAGGUAUUCGUAGUGAGACUGGUGCUCAAGUACGGAUUCUUAAGAAUGAUCGUCUCCCAGCUUGUGCCAUUAGUGGUGAUGAACUACUCCAGAUUAAUGGAGAAGCAUCAGUUGUGAAGAAGGCUCUUUUUCAAAUUUCAUCUCGUCUCCAUGGUAAUCCAUCCCGGUCACACCACCUUCUUUUUGCCACUUCACCCUCAGCGUUCCCUGGCCCAAAUCAGUUUGGAGUCUCAAGCACUGCGGGUCCAGUAAUUGGUAUUGGCCCUUUGGUAGGUUCUUAUAGAGGUUAUAAAGGAGAAGCAACAGUAGACUGGCUUUACCCACCUGCUAGAGAUGAAGGUGCUGCCAAGGAGUUCAGCUUACGUCUCCUCUGUCCUUCUGCAAAUAUUGGAGGUGUAAUAGGAAAAAAUGGUGUUAUCAUUAACCAGAUAAGGCAGGAAUCCGGAGCAUCUGUUAAAGUAGAUAGUAACUCUGCUGAAGAUGACUGCAUAAUCACAAUUUCUGCUAAAGAGUUCUUCGAUGAUCCAAUCUCUCCUGCAAUAGAUGCUGCAGUCCGCUUGCAGCCCCGGUGUAGUGAAAAAGAAUCUGCUGAACCUUCAUAUACCACCCGCCUUCUAGUAUCCACAUUGCAGAUUGGUUGCUUGAUUGGUAAAGCAGGAUCAAUCAUCUCUGAGAUGAGGAGGACCACACGAGCAAAUAUACGGGUGCUUUCAAAAGAAAAUGUUCCAAAAGUUGCUUCUGAUGAUGAUGAGAUGGUUCAGAUUAGUGGAGAGAUUGACAUUGCAAGAAAUGCUCUUGUUUGUGUGACAACUCGUCUGAAAGCCAAUUUGUUUGAAAGAAGAGAGAACACAUUAUCUACACAUGUCUCUUCUGCUCCUCACCAUCGUUUCCCUACUGAUGCUUAUGAUGGGUCAAAAUAUUAUGGAGGUAGGGAUAGUAAGGUGCAUGGCCGUGGGUUUUCAGAUUCCAAAGGAUAUGGUACUUCCCGUGAUUUGCUGCCCUCCGAUGCUUUUGGAGAUUAUGGUGGUUCUCAGGGUGGUGGUAGCAGCUACAGUUCAUAUGAUGGAUACUCGCGUUAUGGUAGCACUGGGUUAUCGGGUCCUAACAGAUAUUCCCAUGGGAAACAUCAUGAUUAUUAAAACUUCAGUGAGUAGGACAGACAGUUUAGGUCUCAGAAGCCUGGAGCCAGCCUAUAUAUGAAGCCUCGAGCCUAGACCAGAUGACCAGAUGUUCAAGUCUGUCUCCUCCUACCUGCCCCUUUCUUUGCAUAACCAUUGGCCUAAGCUUGAAGCCCCCCUCCUAUCGAGCAUUGUUUUAGGGAUUACUUUGACUGUGUGUAUAUUGAAACUCCACUCUCCUCUGUUGGUGAUCACCGAGUAGUAUGCCAAAAUUUUAGAUGUUAUUUCUGAGAAUGGAUACCUUUUCUCGAAGGUGGCUACUGAACUGUAUAUUAUUGAUGUCCUAUGUCAACAUAUAGUUUUGCUUCCACCACUACCAUAUUGUCUGGGCAUUUAUUCUGUGUGAUUAGAUUAUUAGCUUACCUUUCUCCAUGUACCAUAUCUAGGAGAUUUAUAGAGAGAGCUUCAUAAAGUUGUGUUAAUUGCAUAUCAUGCUAGAUAUCCAUUAUUGCCUAUCCUGGUAUUUUAAAUCACACCAAUCAACCAGGUGAAUUACUUGUUUUGUUGGUGCAAUUUCUAGAUUAUAGUCGAUGCAUUUGUGACUCAUCUUAAAGCUCAGGCUAUUUAGUCAAUUCGCUUAUUGUUUGUCUUAUAUCUGACUGGUUUUACUUAUCUUGUACUGUAAUUUAUACUUUGAUCUGUUGUAAGUAAUUUGUACUGUUGAAGUUGAUGUAAUUAAUUUAUUAUCGUGUUGUUUUAUUAAAAAAAAAUUAUAUUGAAUCCCACGUGGCAUCCACGGUUUUUGUCCAUAGAUUUUGAUUCCUUUUACAAGUGGCUUGUCAAACAAAAAACCACUUGCCGCCCACAAUAAUGCUAAUGCAUGCAAAAUACCCCACACCAAAAAUAAACAAAUUAAGUACUCUGUAAAUCUAACUAUAAAUAACACUUCGAUGUCUCUCCAUUAUUAUCACUGAUUCCAAAAUCCUUCACCGAAAGAAAGCUCCUCAUGUUGUCACUGGGAGCCAGCUACGGCCACCUACACGUCCAACAAGAGCUCUUGAAGCAGAAGAUGAAGAGGAAGAAAAAGGAAAAGGAAAAGCAGAAGAAGAAGAAGAUAGAAGAGCAAAAGCAUAGUAAUACUAAUAAUCCUUCGCUUAAAAACGAAGGAAAAGAGACGACAUUUCUAUCUUCUGUUUUUUUAAAGAAUCUUUGUGUUUUUCAGCUCUUUUUAAGAAACUGAAUUUGUGUUCAGGUAAUUUUAGUUGCAGUUUGACUUUCCCAAUGUCUAGUCUGUCCGUGCAAACUAAUCUAAUCUAAUAAUAUAAAAAUAUUGAUGUUUGAAAAUA